AUGUGGGCUCCUCCGGAACUCCCAUACUAUGUCGCAUCCGAUCGACUACCAGCCCCAGUUCCUACUACGCGAGAGAUGCGAGCGUCCAGCACUGUAUUGCACCAGCGCUCUGCCCAGACUGUCAAGGCUUUGGGUAUGCACUAUGUUGUCAAAUAUGGGCCAGGUGCGAAGAUCCUAGAAGGACACAAUCUACUUUUUCUACAUCAACACCUGCCUUCCGCUCCUGUUCCACGGCUGUGGGCAAUGUAUCAAGAAGACGAGGACGUCGUCUUCAUCAUGGAGCGCUGUGAAGGCAACAACCUGCAAGAUAUCUGA